UUUCGCGAAGAUAAAUUGAAGGAUGUCAACGAGAGUUUAUUAAACCUUUUAUAAUAUUGUUAUAAACACUUAUCUAUAAUUCAUUAUUUUCUUUAUUCACUGCUUAUAAAAAAAAUUGCUUAUUUAUCAUAAAUUAAAACCAAAAUAAUAAUUGGACCCACUUUGAAUUUUUUAAGCAUGCAAUAAACACAUUUUCAGAUUUGAGAACAACAUGCAAAUUGGGAAAUCAGUAAAGCUGGCAAUCAGAAAGGUGCGCUGAAAAUCUGGACACGAUCAAUCACCGUUCUUAAUUUUUGGUUGCGUUUACUCAACUAUUAUUGGUUUACAAAUGGUCGCAAACUCAAUUAAAGAUUUAUGCUUCAUAGGACAUCAGUAACCCGGAUUCUGAGAAGAUAUUGGUUCACAUUGCCGCUUUAACAAGGGUUUGAAAAAAAUGCACAACGAUGAUUGUCGAAGAGGGAAAUGAGAUGCAACAAAUUGUGGACGAUUCUCUAGAUAUCGAACUGACCGCCGGAGAACAACUCACAGGAACGAUGCUGAAACCACGACUGCCUGCAGAAUCGAAUGAUGAGGACAUCACAUCACCAUUAGUUUUAGAAGAAGUUAUUCUAAACUGUUUGUUUAUAGCCAGCUUUCCGAUUGAGCUCGGAGGUGUUAUUUUAAGAUCCGGAUAUGAAGCAAAUCGUCAAGCUACCAUGAAUUUUUCAUGUUGCAGAAGAAAACGGAUUUUGCAGAAAGAAAUGUUUUCUGCGAAACGAAGUUUUUUAGGCUUAGUGAUGCUGCUGGCUGCAUCAGGCCGCGGUUACCAAUAAUUGAAUUUGGUCGGGAGUUUGCUUGCGUUCUCGUUUCGGUGUUCAAUAGUUUGAUGAAAGCAGUUUUCAUGGAUGCAUGGAUUUUAAUAUGUAAAUUGAUAUAAGUAAAGAAAAAGAUUCUCUUAGCCACAGGUUAAUGGAAAAAUCAGUAUUAGGCUCAAGUUGCUGUGUUUUGUGUUUGAGUGAGAGUUUUGCACCUUUUUUGCUUUCGUGAAGGCAUUU